UUGAGCAUGGCUCGGAGAAGACCAAGAAGCCGGAGGUCACAAACUCCUGCAGACCUGGGGGCUGACACCUCUUCUAGGAGCCUUCUACUUCCCAAGCACUUCAUCUCUGCCGAGGAAAGGGCAGACACAGCCCAAAGGCACUCACACCUGGAAGGAUCUUUUUUGGGAUUCUACUGCUGUUAAGAGAGCCCUGCAGACCUGCUUGCAGCCACAGGGGAAGAUUCUUCGAAACAAGCAAGAGGCUUUCGAAGUGGGGAGUGGAAGGAGGCAGUUUUUCCCCUCCUUCCCUGUUUGGGAGAAAGGAGUUGCCCAACCUGGUCAUGAGACUUUUCCAUCCUUCCCAAAGCGGGCUCCUGGAGUUGGGACACGGCACCACUGAGAGCCUGGGGUAGAGUAGCCCACAACAGCCCCCAGCAGCACACCCCCAGCACGGACAAUCUGGUGGGCACAGGAGAUGGAGAAUGAGGUUGGCAAGUCUGUGGACAAUCAAAUGGACAAAUACAUAGUUACAAUAAUGGGGAAAUCAGAAAGUCAAAUGGAUAUUGUGGAAAAAUCAACAAAAUCUGGGAAGAAAUCCUGGAGCUUUGUGGCAAUUGGUCUGGCUGUCUUGCUGCUCCUCAUGACUUGUGCAGUGGUCGCCCUGGUGAUCCUGUAUGCCAGCAGCAGAGGCACUCACUACGGCACCAAUUCAGGCAACAUCUGUACCACACCUGGAUGUGUUACAGCAGCUGCUCGAAUCAUUCAGAAUAUGGACCCAACAGCUGAUCCUUGCAAGGAUUUCUACCAGUAUGCCUGUGGGGGCUGGCUGAACCGGCACGUUAUCCCAGAAACUAGCUCCAGAUACAGCAUUUUUGACAUCCUGAGAGAUGAGCUGGAGAUCAUCCUAAAAGAUUCUUCUUCAGAUGGUGGGAUGAGAAUAGCUGCCUUCACACUUGACAGAAGCCUAAGAUAA